AUGGCCGAGCUCGACACGCUCCAGGUGCCGUACGCAGACUUGCUCGGCAAGGCGAGCGAAAACGGUUUCUCGAACGCGCGCCUGGCCAUGAUGGUUAGCGAAGGCGAGUUGCAGCCGUCGUUCACCGAGUCGAUGCCGUCGGAGCUCCUCGCGCUCGCCCGCGAGUGUCUCUCGUUCCACGACAACGACCGUCCGUCGGCGAUCCAGUUGUCGUACAAGCUUCACAAGAUUCUCAACGAGAACAAGGCAGGCUACCAGUAG